AGGCAGUGGAAGGAGCUGGGAUCUGUUUGAAGGACUUGGCUCGUGGGGAAGGAACACAUGGUUCAAAGCCACAGAAAAAGGAAAGUUAUGUUUAAUAUAACACUAAUGGAAGCCCUCUGUGCCGGAGGAGAGGAUAUUAAGCCUGCAGCUGAGGGCUGUAGUGCCAAGCUCUCCAGCCCCCUCUCUGUCACCAUCUCAGGACACUGCCCUGGUCCCUGAAGCACCAGCUUAGCUUGUCUUGUCAAGAGGACAAGGUGGUUAAACCACCACGAAAUGAUGAGACGUGUCAGUUCUAUAUCCCUGUAGAUAUAUGGCAGCUUUGGCAAGGUCACUGCAUGCCCGUGCAUGAUCUUGGCUUUUGGUUGGAAGCAUCCAUCUUCCUCUUCCUCUUGGGACUGUCCCACAGACUUUCUUCUCAUCAACAAAGAGCAGGACCUGCACCCAGUGACUCAGGCUGACUUGGUGUCUUCAGUAGAGGUGCUGGGAAAGGGCAUUUGCAGAGCAGGACCAGUGGUGACAGGAAAAGGACGUGAUGCAGGCAGGGAGGCAGCUAGGGUGGCAAGGUCAGGAUACCUGGCCCAGGACCAGGAAGGGGACAGGAAGGGGUGUGAGGCAGGACUGAGCAGGGGGCUGGACACCCAGGCUCCAUAGCUAGGAGUCCUGGGGAGGCAGGGCUCAUUACUGCUGCAAGCCGCUGGGAGAAGAGGUGCUGGAGCCCCGUCCUCCCUCCCAGAGAGGAAGGAGGGUGAGAGCAGAGAGCGAGCCUGGAGCCUCCCGCAUCUGAAAUGUGAUCCUGCUGGAGGCACCUCCCUGGGCCCCACCUUGCGCUCCCCAACAUAUAUAUGUCACCCUCCAAGGGCACAGGGGACACAGGCUGACACACUGUGCCAGGGCCCCAGGCGUCCCUGCGGAUGGAGCGGCCAAGGCACCAGGGGAUGGCAAAGAACACCUACAUGCGCUGGCGGCUCCCACUCAUCUGCCUCCUCUGGGAAGUGGCAAUGAUCAUCCUCUUCGGUGUCUUUGUGCGCUUCGGUCCUGAAGCAGAUGCACACUGGGAGGAAGAGAAGCAUGAAAUGAACAUUACCAGUGACAUUGAGAAUGAUUUCUACUUCCGAUACCCCUCUUUCCAGGAUGUCCACGUGAUGAUCUUUGUGGGCUUUGGCUUCCUCAUGACAUUCCUCAAGCGUUAUGGAUUCGGAGCUGUUGGAUUCAAUUUCCUCCUUGCAGCUUUUGGGAUCCAAUGGGCUCUCCUGAUGCAAGGCUGGUUCCACUCUUUCCAGAAUGGGAAGAUCCUUAUUGGAGUGGAAAACCUGAUCAAUGCUGAUUUCUGCGUGGGUUCUGUGUGCGUUGCCUUUGGAGCCAUCCUGGGCAAAACCAGCCCCGUACAGCUCCUCAUCAUGACUUUGUUUCAAGUCACACUCUUUGCAGUGAAUGAGUACAUCCUCCUCAACCUGCUUCACGUUAAGGACGCAGGUGGCUCCAUGACCAUUCACACCUUUGGAGCCUACUUCGGCCUCACUGUGACCCGUUUCCUAUACAGACCCAACCUGGAGCAGAGUAAAGACAAGGAGGGCUCUGUGUACCAUUCUGACCUCUUUGCUAUGAUUGGUACCCUAUAUCUGUGGAUGUACUGGCCCAGUUUCAACUCAGCCAUUUCUGAACAUGGGGAUGCCCAGCAUCGGGCUGCCAUUAACACAUACUGCUCCCUGGCUGCUUGUGUCCUCACUACAGUGGCCUUCUCCAGCAUGCUGCAGAAGAAGGGCAAGCUUGACAUGGUCCACAUCCAGAACGCAACACUGGCUGGUGGAGUGGCUGUGGGCACCAGUGCGGAGAUGAUGUUGACCCCAUAUGGCUCCCUCAUCGUUGGGUUCAUCUGUGGCAUUGUGUCCACAGUGGGGUAUGUCUACCUCACGCCUGUUUUGGAGUCCAAGUUACACAUCCAGGACACAUGUGGCAUCCACAACCUCCACGGCAUGCCAGGCCUUAUAGGGGGCAUUGUGGGAGCCAUCACUGCAGCUGCAGCCACAGAGGAUGUAUAUGGAAAGGAAGGGUUUAUCAAGGCAUUUGACUUCACUGGCAGCUAUAAGACACGGACACCCAGUAUUCAAGGAGGGUUCCAGGCAGCCGGCAUUGUCGUUUCUCUGCUGAUGGCUUUUGCUGGGGGAACCCUUGUGGGAGCCAUCCUGAAGCUGCCCAUCUGGGGCGACGCGGCGGACGAGAACUGCUUCGAGGAUGACAUCUACUGGGAGGUGCCCGAGGACGAAGAGAGCGACGUGUACCACAUGCACAACCCCGACAAGGCCGCCUCGCCCUGAGCCGCCAUGCUGCCGGGAUGCCGCCGCCUCAGCGGGAUGGCGGGGCUGCUCCCGGGGGCGGGGAGAUGGCGGCCGCCAUGUCAGCAACACAGCCCUGCCCGUGAGGAUACAGCCUAGUGGGGAAAGGGCUGCAGGUGGAAACACGCACUUCCCUACUGGCUCACUUUUGUAAUUAGUUCAUAUGAACGAAAUAAAAGCAUGGCUCUUUUUCAUAGUA